AUGUACAAGCAAAUCUCCGCUGCCGCCCUCUUCGCCGCCGGCGUCUCUGCUCACGGCCGAGUCACCUCGCCUACCCCCCGUCCCCUGGGUGAUGCCAUGAAGGCUGCCUGCGGUGACCAGGUCUGGAACAUGCAGUCCUCGGACAACAACGGCAACAUCCAGACCAUGGCCCAGAUCGGAACCUCCCAGUCCGACUUCGAUGCCACCAAGUGCCACCUGUGGCAAUGCCGUGGCUACCAGUUCGACGACGCCACCACCGCCUCCAUUCAGACCUUCACCGCCGGCCAGAAGGUCCCCUUCGUCGUCGACAUCGCCGCUCCCCACACCGGUGUCGCCAACGUCUCCGUCAUCGACCUGGCCGCCAACAGCGUGAUCGGCGACGCCCUGAUCAGCUGGGACGACUACGCCUCCACCGCCACUGGCGUCACCGCCGACGAUGAGAACUUCAGCGUCACCAUCCCCAGCGACCUGCCCAGCACCUGCGCCACCAAGGGCGGCUGCGCCCUGCAGUGGUGGUGGGACGCCCGCAGCAUCGACCAGACCUACAUGAGCUGUGUCGACUUCGUCGUCGGUGACGCCUCCGGUUCUUCUUCCGGCUCUGCCUCCUCCUCUGCCGCCCCGGUCGCUUCUUCCGCAGCCGCCACCACCUCCUCCGUCCCGGCUGCCGCCAACGCUGCCGCCCCCACCACCCUGAGCACCGUCGUCGGCACCUCCACCAGCGCCCCUGCCGCUGCUGCGACUGACGACUCCUCCGCCUGCACCAAGCGCAAGGCCCGCCGCUCCAAGGCCCUCCGUGCCUAA